UGGCGUGCGUUUUCAACAGGAAAACAAAAAUGCCUCGUGACGUCAAAGAGCCGUGUCUAAACUUUUGAUCGUCCGCCAACGACCCAUCCCUCCUCCUCAGACCAGAGCGACCAUCAGAGCACCGAGACACGAUGGAGGUGCCAGCCGGGGACGAGGAGAUGAGUGUGCCGGUGCAGGUGAACCAGAAGAAGGCGAAAGCGAGGAGGAAAAGGCGGAAGGAGUUGUUAGUAGUACAAAUAUGUUUGUUCGCCGGUAUGCUUCUUAUCGUCAAGGGACUUUCCUUCCUGGUAGAAGAUUCUGAUGUUGACGUCUCCAGCCACAGUACCAAUGACCAGGAUAGAUGGGAGGGAAGGAAGCUGCUGCAGAAAAUUGACAACAGCAGCAUGUUGGAAAUGGAGAUGGAACAUAAUUGCACUUCUCCAGCUUUGCAGGAGUUCCCCACAGACCUGUUCACCAACAAAGAGAGAACAGAAGGAGCAGUGGCCUUGCAUGUCUUGUGUACCAUUUACAUGUUCUGUGCUCUAGCUUUGGUCUGCGAUGACUACUUUGUCCCCUCCCUGGAGAAGAUAUGUCAGCGUCUAAAUCUUAGUGAAGAUGUGGCUGGUGCAACCUUCAUGGCCGCGGGCAGCUCAGCUCCCGAGCUCUUCACUUCCAUCAUAGGUGUGUUCAUCACCAAAGGUGACGUUGGUGUGGGGACCAUUGUGGGCUCCGCAGUCUUUAACAUACUCUGCAUCAUCGGUGUGUGUGGCUUCUUUGCAGGACAGGCUGUGAAGCUUUCUCAUUGGGCUCUCCUUCGAGAUUCUGUUUACUACAUAUUUUCUAUUAUGGCCCUCAUUGCAGUUAUCUAUGAUGAAAAGGUGUGCUGGUGGGAAUCGCUCGUCCUUGUUCUGAUGUAUGCGAUCUACAUUCUCAUCAUGAAGUUCAACAACAGGGUUCAGGGUUACCUCACCUAUCGUAAGAAGAACUCCGUGAGUUUGGUCAACGUGUUAACAGGAAGCACUGACCUGGAGGACGUGACCUGUGAUGCUACGGCAGUCCUGCUCAAAAAAGCUAUCUUCCAAUACAAGCCGUCUGUGCUGAUGGUAGAUGAGCUUCUGUCUGCAUAUCCUCACCAACUGACUUUCUCUGAAGCUGGCAUGAGGAUCAUGAUCAGCAGUCAUUUCUCCCCAAAAACCCGCCUUACCAUGGCCUCCCGGAUGCUGAUCAAUGAGAGACAACGACUCAUCAACACCACAGAGACUCGAGUCAACUGCAUCACCAAUGGCAACUCUGAUUCAGCAGCCAGGGCCCAGGAAAGCGAGAGCCUGGAGAGCGGAAUCGGCAGUGCUGAGCUGGGGAUGAACGGCACGUGCACACUCGAGCGAUUGGAGUCUGCAAUGGAGAAUGAAAACGAGGAUAAUGAGAACAAUGAGAAUGACGGGGAAGGACAGGGAGAAGACGGGAAUGAAGGCCCACUGGUGCCUUUCAAAGCUCCAGCGGGUGUGUGCAACAAGCUGAAGUGGUUAACCAUGUGGCCGCUGUCUUUGCUUCUGUUCUUCACCGUGCCCAACUGUGCCAAGCGAGGCUGGGAGAAGUGGUUUUUGGUCUCCUUCUUCACUGCUACUGUCUGGAUUGCUGGCCUCUCCUACAUCAUGGUCUGGAUGGUGACUGUUAUUGGCUUCACUCUUGGCAUCCCUGAUGUCAUCAUGGGCAUCACCUUUCUGGCAGCGGGCACUAGUGUCCCAGACUGCAUGGCCAGUGUUAUAGUUGCUCGGCAAGGUCUGGGAGACAUGGCCAUCUCCAACUCCAUUGGCAGUAAUGUGUUUGACAUUCUCGUGGGCCUGGGCCUGCCCUGGGCACUGCAAACACUCUGCAUAGACUACGGCUCCAACAUCCAUCUGAACAGCAGGGGACUCAUUUUCUCUGUCGGACUCUUACUGGCCUCCGUCUUCUUCACAGUCCUGGGAGUCCAUUUAAACAAAUGGACUCUGGACUGGAAAUUAGGCUCGGUCUGCCUCGUAAUGUAUGCCGUCUUCCUCUGUUUCUCUGUCCUCAUCGAGUUCAACGUCUUCAUCUUCGUCAACCUUCCGAUGUGCCGAGACAUCCACUGACGUCCCGCGACAUCUGUUCUUUCUCCGUGUAAGCCAGGAGGGAACUUCACCAUGCUUUCUUUGUCCAGGAGCCUUCAGACAAACUCAUCCUCUUUUUGCGCUGCCAUGAAUGCAACACCAGAGCAAACGAGACGUUUUGGGGCACUGGACAGGAAGCACCGAGAUUAAGUAUUUUCUACUACACCAAAGGUUUGGCAGAAACUGAAUUUAACUGCUGGUGCAGACGCUGCUAGAAAUGUGAAGUUUUCACUGGAUUUUUUAUUUUUUAACAAGUUUUACAUAAAACCACUUAAGUUAUUGGUUAGUAAAAAUUUUAAUUUUUCUGUACAUAUUUCAACUGAUAAUAACGCGACCCCAAAAAGGGACAUAUAGUGCAAUGGUAAUAUUGCACUGUAUAGCAUCGAUUUGGCAUCACUUUUCAUAAGUACCGUAUUUUCCGCACUAUAAGGCGCACCGGAUUAUAAGGCGCACCUUCAAUGGAUGGCCUAUUUUAAAACUUUGUUCGGCCUGGCGCAGUGGAAGAAUGGCCGUGCGCGACCCGAGGGUCCCUGGUUCAAUCCCCACCUAGUACCAACCUCGUCAUGUCCGUUGUGUCCUGAGCAAGACACUUCACCCUUGCUCCUGAUGGGUGCUGGUUAGCGCCUUGCAUGGCAGCUCCCUCCAUCAGUGUGUGAAUGUGUGUGUGAAUGGGUAAAUGUGGAAGUAGUGUCAAAGCGCUUUGAGUACCUUGAAGGUAGAAAAGCGCUAUACAAGUACAACCCAUUUAUCAUUUAUUUAUUAUAAGGCGCACAGAAUAGACGCUACAGUAGAGGCUGGGGUUACGUUGCGAGACCUGUUGUGGCUCAAUGUUGGUCCAUAUAUUAGGCGCAUCGGAUUAUAAGGUGCACUGUCAGCUUUUGAGAAAAUUGGAGGUUUUUAGGUGCGCCUUACAGUGCGGAAAUUACGGCCAUCCGCUCCAAAAGGUCUGACAAAAACAGAAUGGUUAAAAAAAAACAAAGCAAAUUUUCUCAUAAGAUAUGGUGUACCACAGUGUUUUUCAACCACUGUGCCGCGGCACACUAGUGUGCCGUGAGAUACAGUCUGGUGUGCCGUGGGAGAUCAUCUAGUUUCACUUAUUUGGGUUAAAAAUAUUUUUUGCAAACCAGUAAUUAUAGUCUGCACAUUAUGUGUUGUUGUUGAGUGUCGGUGCUGUUUAGAGCUCGGUAGAGUAACCGUGUAAUACUCUUCCAUAUCAGUAGGUGGCAGCCGGUAGCUAAUUGCUUUGUAGAUGUCGGGAACAGCGGGAGGCAGCAUGCAGGUAAAAAGGUGUCUAAUGCUUAAACCAAAAAUAAACAAAGGUGAGUGCCCCUAAGAAAAGGCAUUGAAGCUAAGGGAAGGCUAUGCAGCAGAAAACUAAAACUGAACUGGCUACAAAGUAAACAAAAACAGAAUGCUGGACGACAGCAUAGACUUACUGUGGAGCAAAGACAGCGUCCACAAAGUACAUCCGAACAUGACAUGACAAUCAACAAUGUCCCGACAAAGAAGGAUAAAAACAACUGAAAUAUUCUUGAUUGCUAAAACAAAGCAGGUGUGGGGAAUAGCGGUCAAGGAAGACAUGAAACUGCUACAGGAAAAUACCAAAAAAGAGAGAAAAAGCCACCAAAUUAGGAGCGCAAGACAAGAACUAAAACACGACACACAGUAAAACAGCAAAAAACUAAAAAUAAGUCAGGGCGUGAUGUGACAGGUGGUGACAGUACACCUACUUUGAGACAAGAGCAACAUUGAUGCACGCUUGGUUAUGCUUUAAAGUCAUACCCAACAAUUGACUUUAAACUUUUUACUGUCAACUGAGUUUCGUUUUUUAAUGAUUUCUGCUGGUGGUGUGCCUCCGAAUUUUUCCAACGCAAAAAAUGUGCCUUGGCUCAAAAACGUUGAAAAAAAAGGGUGUACCGUAUUUUUCGGACUACAAGGCGCACUUAAAAUCCUUUCAUUUUCUCAAAAAUUGACAGUGCGCCUUAUCACUCAGUGCGCCUAAUGUACGGUAGGAAUCUGGUUGUGCUUACUGACCUCGAAGUAAUUUUAUUUGGUACCUGGUCACAUAAGUGUGAUCAGUAGAUGGCAGUCACACGUAAGAGAUACAUGUAGACUGCAAUAUGAUGGCAGUAAAUAACACCAAAACUUUAAAUGUUCCAUUGAGAAUAUAGAACAUUACACACGGCGCUCAAAACUCUGUCAAAAUGUUUUUAGUACGACUUCGGUAAGCUAUGAAGCCGCACCGCUUGAUGGAUUGUCGGCGCAUUAAACAUACGAGUAUUAUUAUGGUGUGUGUAUAAGGACCGCAAAAUGGCACUUAUUAGCAGACGUUAUCUGGCAAUUUGUUUCGCAAUAUUAUGCAAAACCAACUUUUCUCACCUUCUGGUACCUGCUGAUCUGUAUUUGAGAUCUGCAUAAGUCCUGAAAAUGUGCGCGCGUCCGCAAUUGUAAUCCGUACCGACACCAUAGUCGAUAAGCUUCUUCCUUUUUCUCUAUCUUCUUGUUAUGUGACAUUCAUCAUUUGCUGUUGCCAUUUCUAAUAUAAAGUAAUGUAAAGUUCUUACUUAUAUCCGUCAGUAAACUCGCCAUGAAAGCGCUAAAACAUACCGGUGUAGUGAGUUUACAUUAUUCACCCAAGGAACUUUAGUUAUUAGAGAGUUCCGGUCGGACGUUUUUUUCACGGGACACAUUUCCGGUGUUGUUGUUUCCGGAUGAGGAGAUGCUGCUCCGUUAUUGAUUGAAGUAAAGUCUGAAUGUCAUUAAAACAGUUAGCUCCACCUUUGAUACUUCUUCCACUCCCGUCCUUGCACGCUACACCGCUACAACAAAGAUGACGGGUAGAAAAUGGUCUGUAAAACAUAAUCUAUGCAACACUUUCACCAAGGAACCACCAUUACAUGUUAUGUAGACAACAAGGAAGUGUUUUACAUUUAGAAAAAAAAAUCAUAAUAUGACCCCAUUAAUGCGCCCUAUAAUCCGGUGCGCCUUUUGUAUGAAAAAAGACCUGAAUAGACCCGCUCAUCGGCAGUGCGCCUUUUAAUGCGGUGCGCACUAUGGUCCGAAAAAUACGGUAAAUGCGGUUAAAUUGUUCCACACACCCACAAUAAUGAGCACAAAAAAUAAUGCCAAUUUUACAGUAAAAUGUUGGCACC